UUAAUUUCUUUAAUUAAUAAUGGUUUGGGAUACUUGUAAAAUUGUGCUCCACAGUCCUUCCGGCGGAUUUUUUUAUACUAAUGAUAUUGUGACUGGAUCCGUUAUUUUAGAUGUUAAAGAAGAUCUUAAAGUAAAACAAAUCGAUUUCAAAGUAAAAGGUAUCAGUAAAGCAAUGUGGACCAGAUCUUCACCAACAAUGCCAUAUAUAAGAAAAUAUUCAGAAAAGAGAGAAGUUUUUAGUGUUAUUGUUGAUGUUUUCGGGGACUUAAAAGGAACAACAGUAAAACCAGGAUUACUUACACGUCAGUUUCAUUUCUUCUUACCACAUGACUUACCACCAAGUUACGAAGAUUCAAUUGCAAAAGUGUAUUAUCGUAUCAAAAUAUACAGUAAAUCUCCUUUUAGAUCAUCUAAGAAAACAGUUUGUUCGUUUAAUGUUGUCAACCAAGUUGACCUAAAUCAGUUUGAUGAGUAUAAGAUACCCCUGAUGUAUGAAAUGAGAAAAAAUGUUGGUAAAUCCGGAAAUUUUUCUUUGAUUUUCAAAACAUAUAAAGGAUUUACUGCAAGACAGUUGAUACCUUUUGAAGCCAUAAUAACAAAUGAACGAAAAAUUAAAGUAAGGAAAAUUAAGGUGUAUCUAAUAAAAAAAAUAGAAUACAACGUUUCUUCUGGUUUUAAUAUUGUUGAGAAAAAAAUAUGUAAAGCUGUUUACAGCGAUGUGUUAAAUACUGUUUCACAAAUGUGCUAUUUUCAUAUGAAAAUACCUUAUACUAUGCCUUCCACUAUUAAUAUGAACAACCUUAUGGUUUCCGUUUCCUAUUCGUUAAGAGUAAAAGUUUCUUUUCUAUUUCAUUUACCCCUGGUUAUAGACAUACCUGUAACAAUUGCAUCAGUACCUGUUGCUUAUCAUAGUUAUAUGUAG